UUUGUUUUGUCACAGGUGAAAAAUGAUAUCUCUUCUGAGCCGUACAAUCGAGUACAACAACCGAUUACACCUGAAGAAAAAUUAGCAUUAACGUUGAGAUAUAUUGCGACCGGAGAAUCAUUUCGCUCAUUAUCAUUUUCGUUUCAAAUUUCUAACAGUUACAUAAGCAAAAUUAUCAAAGAAACAUUGGAAGCUCUGAAAUUUAGACUUAUGACAAUAUUUCUACCCAAUACUAAUACAGUCGACUUUAAGCCUAAAUCUGAGGAAUUUUGGACAAAAUGGAAUUUUCCUAAUUGUAUCCUUGCAAUUAACGGAAAACACGUCCGUAUACGUUGCCCAAGUAAUGGAGGAUCCUUGUAUUAUAACUAUAAGGACUAUUUCUUAACAGUUUUAUUAGCAAUGGUAGAUGCUAAUUACAACUUUGUGGCAGUCGACGUUGGAUCUUACGGAAGAGAAGGCGAUAGUGGUAUUUUCUUGAAAUCUAAUUUGGGCAAAAAAGUUUUGAAUGGUACAUUUGGAUUUCCAGAUGCAAAUGUAUUGCCUGGUUCAGAUACUGUACUACCUUACGUUAUCAUAGGAGAUGAGGUGUUUAGAUUACAUACACACAUCAUGAAGCCAUACACUAGGAAAUCAGCUAAAUAUGAUGCUUCAAAAGCAGUAUUUAAUUACCGACUAAGUCGAGCGCGUCGUGUAACUGAAAAUGCAUUUGGACUAUUGAGCCAAGUAUUUCGUGUUUUCUAUCAAACAAUAAAUAUUAAUCCGGAAACUUGUGACAGUAUGAUACUUGUUGCCUGCUGUCUUCAUAAUAUGUUGAGAGAAGGAUAUUUGGAAAAAAAUGGAAAAGUGUUUUAUUAUUAUGACUCAGAAGAAUCUAGACCAAUAAAUAACAUGAUUUCAAUUGUACGCGAAGGUGGAUUUUCAAAUGCCGACGGUUUUCAUGUGAGGGAUGCAUUUAAGCAAUUUUUUAUGAAUGAAGGAGCUGUAUCGUUUCAAUGA